UAAAACCCUCUUUGUUCAUUGCCUGAAAGGUGAAAAACCCUCUGCCGUUGCCAUUUCUUUUCCCACACUCAUUUCUCCCGGACAAGCAAAACUAAUUUGGUACAAAAUCCAUGGAGGUUUCCACCGCCACCCUCCAACCGUCUUGUUCUUUCCCACUCAGAGCCCCUAAACCCGCCACCAGAGAACGCGUCUCUUCUCUCUCCUCCAUCAGAUCCUCCCCUAAAUCUAUCUCCGUAUCUUAUAGCAUCACCAAAGGUUGUGACUUAGUAGUUAGAGAACCAGUUAAGUUACGGUGGUCCUCUGUUGUUGCUGCUACGGUUGGUGAUACAACUGCAGUGCCAAAUAGUUGCUCUAGUGGAGAAGAGUUGCCCGUUUCUGAUUCUUCUAAUCCCAUAUCGGUGGAAGAUCAGCCCAGUGGAAAUGGUGAGAAAGGGGAAGAGAAAGGUGGGAUUGGGGGAUUGGAUGACCACAAGAUGGCCCGAAUAUGUGACAAGCUUAUUGAGGUUUUCUUGGUUGACAAGCCCACUCCAACUGACUGGAGAAGAUUAUUAGCUUUCAGUAAGGAAUGGGACGAUAUCCGGCCUCAUUUCUAUGCGCGGUGUCAGGACCGUGCAGAUGCUGAGGAUGAUCCUGGAAUGAAGCAUAAGCUACUACGGCUUGGACGGAAAUUGAAAGAGAUUGAUGAAGAUGUGCAAAGACACAAUGAACUUCUUAAAGUCGUUAGAGGGGCUCAAUCAGAAAUUAGUGAAAUUGUUUCCAGACGUCGUAAAGAUUUCACUCAAGAAUUUUUUGUGCAUCUCCACACUGUUGCCGAAUCCUAUUACAACAAUCCGACAGAGCAAACUGCUUUGGCAAGUAUUGGAAAUAUGUGCUUGGCUGCUGUGCAAGCAUAUGAUUCUGCAACUGAAAGCAUUGAAGCACUGAAUGCUGCAGAGCUGAAAUUUCAAGAUAUUAUCGACUCUCCAACUGUUGAUGCGGCUUGUAGGAAGAUAGAUCACUUGGCUGAGAAAAAUCAACUUGACUCAGCAUUGGUGAUGAUGAUCACAAAAGCUUGGUCAGCUGCCAAAGAGUCGAGCAUGACGAAAGAUGAGGUAAAGGACGUACUUUAUCAUUUGUACGUGACCGCAAGAGGUAAUCUUCAGAGACUCAUGCCAACAGAAAUUCGGAUACUUAAGUAUCUUCUCACAAUCGAGGAUCCUGAGGAGCGUCUGGCUGCCUUACACGAUGCAUUUACCCCAGGAGAGGAACUUGAAGGGACGGAUGUAGAUAACCUUUUCACGACCCCGGUGCAGCUUCACACCUGGAUGAAGGCUAUUGUGGACGCUUACCAUUUCAGCCAGGAAGGCACUCUAAUAAGGGAAGCAAGAGACCUCAUGAAUCCAAAGAUCAUUCAAAAAAUGGAGGAGCUGAAGAAGUUAGUUGAAAACAAGUUCCUGUGACAAAGAUCAAUUAACUCACCUCCUCGACCGUCUAUUUAUCUCAGAUCAACUUGGGAUAUUCAAAAGAACCUUAUCCAUGAAUCUUUAGAUUUUCUGAAGUUUCCGGUGGCAUGAGCUGCGACGCUUGGAACUUCAAACAUCGAAUUGAUCUGUCAGGCUUAUAGGUUUAAAAAUUUUGAGUUAUUUCUCGGAUUUUUGUAGUCUGAUGUACACCAAUCCCUUUUUCAUUGUAAACUACACAGCUUUGGAAGAUUAUCGGCUCAUAAGUUUGAAAAUUAGUCCAUUGUAAGUCCCUCA